AUGGCUUCCAACAUCUUCUCCCGGCUGGGUCCUCCCGCAAGAGGAUCCAGAUCAUUUUACGAGGAGUUGAGAGGCAGACGUGACGAGGAUCUUGAUAUCGAAGAUCAGGCCGGACUCGAUGUCGACGAGGAGAAUUUGAAGGAACAAUUCCAAGACUAUGACCUUGAUCACGCACAGGAUCUUGCCGUCGACGACAGCCGCACAACUCUCGACAGCAACGCCAACCUCGUCAGAAGCCCCCAAGAAACCGUCACGCGAGGCUCACAGCGAACCGGAGCUCGACGCGACACAGGACCGGCAUGGCUAGGGCACGAAGAAGAUGGAGACAACGAUGUUCCCGCUUCUCUCCUCGUCGAACCGCACGAGGUGGAGGCGGGCGCAAAAGAAUUCAACCGCAGAAAACAGCCCGUAGCCUCGACGCAGCAGCGAGCCAUACCUGGUCCGUCCGAUCGACGAACUCAUGGCCAGUGGGAGGCGGCUCAAGCCCAACAGAGGCUGCAUCCGGCAGAUAGCGUUAAACGCUUCAAACCGAAGCUCAGGCGCAUCGCGCGAGGUUUCUCGCCGGGCAAUGAGAAGGAAAAGGCACUCUGGCGAUGGGUCAACGUUUCGAACCUCGACUUUUUCAUCCAAGACGUGUAUUCAUACUACCGAGGCAGCGGCUUCUGGUGCAUCGUGUGUGCUCGAGCAUUGCACCUUUUGGAGUCUGCUUUCUUCGCCGUGUUCCUUACCUUCAUGUCACAAUGCGUUGACUAUUCACUUCUCUCCGACCGAAGCAGAAAGUCGUUAAGCGAAAUCGUGAUUCCGCAAUGCACCAGGAAAAUGUCAUUCCUUUGGAAUUUUGGUCUUUGGCUCUAUGUCUUCUACUUCAUUUGGAAAGCCGUCCAAUUUAGCGUUGAUCUCCAGAGACUGCGCAAUAUGCGCAACUUUUACACCUAUCUGCUCGAGAUACCUGAGGAAGACAUGCAGACGGUUUCUUGGCAAGACAUCGUCUCGCGGGUCAUGUCAUUGAGAGAUGCAAAUCCCAAGACUGCAAUAAAUAUCACCCCGUCACAGCGGCGCUGGAUACGGAACCAAUCCAAAGAGCGGCUUGACGCCCACGACAUCGCUAAUCGACUCAUGCGGAGAGAAAACUACUUGAUAGCCAUGAUGAAUAAGGACGUGCUUGACCUGACGCUUCCCAUCCCGUUCAUGGGAAAGCAUCAGUUCUUCUCGAGAAGUCUAGAAUGGAACCUACACUUCAGCAUUUUGGGUUUUAUCUUCGACGAGAGUAAUCAGGUCAACCAGGAGUUUCUCAAAGCAGAUCGCCGAGGGCAGCUAAGCGCAAUGUUGAAGACUAGACUUAUGUUCGCCGGCUUCAUCAAUUUGCUGAUAGGACCAUUCGUGGUUGCGUAUCUCAUUAUCGUACAUGCUUUGACGUACUAUAACGAAUACCAAAAGGACCCAGGGACUUUUAGUCACAGGAGAUAUACACCGCUUGCCGAAUGGAAGUUCAGGGAAUUCAAUGAACUCCCACACUUAUUCCAAGAACGGCUCAAUAUGUCGUAUCCGGCCGCCCAUGCGUAUAUUGACCAGUUCCCGAAGAGAUUGACGGAGCAGUUUGCUAGAUCGGUAACCUUCAUCGCUGGGGCAGUCACAUCCGUUCUAGCCAUUGCAUCAUUCUUAGAGCCCGAACACUUUUUGGGCUUCGAACUAUUGUUCGGGAAGUCGGCACUCUUCUACAUUGGAGUGUUCGCUGCAGCCUGGGCGGCCGCGAGAGGCAUGAUCUCCGAGGAAACUACCGUUUUCAACCCUGAAUACGCCUUGCGCAACGUCAUCAGCUUCAUACACUACAUGCCAGCUCACUGGGAAGCUCGACUCCAUACCGCGGAAGUCAAGAGAGAGUUUUCAGAGCUUUACAAGCUCAAGGUAUUGAUAUUGGUCGAGGAGAUUGUCGGUAUACUCACGGCGUCUCUGGUUCUCAUCUUCUCGGCGCCCAAGUGUAGCGACCAGAUCAUCGACUUCUUCCGAGAGUUCACGAUACAUGUGGAUGGCGUCGGCUACGUAUGCUCGUUUGCCGUCUUCGACUUCAAGAAGGGCGCGGAAAGGGCCAAGUUCCAGGUGGCAACCGGAGAUGUACGUGACGACUACUACUCAACCAAGCAUGGAAAAAUGGCGGCGUCCUACUACGGAUUUCUAGAUAAUUAUGUUAUCAAUCCAAAGACGGGCAUUCCUGGUCACAUCCCCCCUGGAAGUCGACAUCCAUUUCACCCGCCGCCGGCCUUCCCUGGACUUCAAUCGCCCACUCUAGCGGCCGAAAUGCAAAGCUCCAGAGUGGGACCUCAACGAGAGCUCAAUCCGCCGCAAUCGCUGGCGCCCACGACAACUCUGUCGCAUCCCCCCCAAGCUGUCAAUCUGGCGGCUCUUCAGCCUAAGCCUUUCGGCGAAGCAUCUGACGCUGCGGCCGCAAUGGCCCAGCCCAAUGCAGAGCCCGUCGAGGAAUAUGACUACGAAUCGCUCCCUCCCAACUUCUCCCUGGUCCAAAAUAUGGCGGCCGGGGCGUUCGCGGGCAUAGCUGAGCAUACCGUCAUGUACCCUAUCGAUGCCAUUAAGACCCGAAUGCAAGUUCUCAACCCUAACCCCUCAGCUGUCUACAACGGUGUCAUCCAAGGUACAUACCGCAUAGCCAGCCGAGAGGGAGUCCUCAGUUUGUGGAGAGGCAUGUCCAGUGUUGUCGCUGGAGCUGGACCUGCCCAUGCUGUUUACUUUGCUACGUACGAGGCCGUUAAGCAUGUUAUGGGAGGCAACCAGGCGGGUGUUCACCAUCCUCUUGCUGCUGCUACUAGUGGAGCUUGUGCUACCAUCGCAAGCGAUGCGCUUAUGAACCCCUUCGAUGUCAUCAAACAGCGAAUGCAAAUCCAGGACUCUGCAAAAAUGUACCGCUCCAUGACGGACUGUGCUAAGUACGUCUACAAGACCGAGGGACUGGCAGCCUUCUACGUUUCCUACCCGACCACCCUCUCGAUGACGGUUCCCUUCACUGCUCUGCAGUUCCUCGCCUAUGAAUCCAUUUCAACGGCGAUGAAUCCGAGCAAGAAGUACGACCCGACAACACAUUGUCUGGCUGGCGCUGUCGCUGGAGGCUUUGCCGCCGCCUUGACCACGCCCAUGGAUGUGAUCAAGACUAUGUUGCAGACGCGAGGAACUGCGACCGACCCGGCGUUGAGAAACGUCAAUGGCUUCAUGGCCGGGUGCCGGUUACUGUACGAGCGAGAGGGCUUUCGGGGAUUCUUCAAGGGUGUGCGCCCCCGUGUAGUGACGACCAUGCCCAGCACGGCUAUUUGCUGGUCUGCUUAUGAGGCUUCCAAGGCUUACUUCAUCGCAAGGAACGAUAUUUCACCUUGA